AAUAGUAUCACGAGCUAACGGGUUAGCUAGCCACUGUAAGAUCUCGAUGCAGCCAAAAACAUACAGUUAGCCCAGUUGACAGACACAUAAAAGCAUCCCCGGAUAUAUUUAAUGGGGGCUGACACAGUAGUCUGAGGACCUAGCCUCUUCUAAAAGCGCAGUUCGUCUGUUUUUGUUGGCCCAGUUGGUUAGCUUUGACGCUGCUAACAAGCUAGGUUGCUAACAUCCGUCUGCGCUCGUACAGCAAAACCAGGAAGGAGGGACCAGACGAGCCGCUUGGCCUCAAAGGUUACUCUUCUUCCUCAAACAUUUAUCCACAAAAAGACCCGCGUCCAGGCUGGUGAAAACGGGGGGAAGGAAAAGAGUUUUUAUUCUGGCCCAAGAGCAAAGAUGUCAAAGGCUCCGGACUCUCCAGCUCGGUCCCGCUCCAGAUCCAGGUCCAGAUCCAGAUCUUACUCCAGAUCUCACUCUAGAAGCCGCUCCCGUUCAAGAUCCAGAAAACGUCGCUAUAGUUCUAGGUCUCGUUCCCGCUCUCGCUCUCACUCUCCGUCCUACAGAAACUAUCCUACCAGGGACUAUCAGAACAACAGAGGUGGUUUCAGAGGCUACAACCGAGGCUACCGGAGGCCAUUCCACUACCGUGGCAGAAACCGAGGCUUUUACCCACGCAGCCAUUACCAGAACAGGGGAGGAGGCGGCGGCUAUGGCUAUAAGUCCAAUUGGCAGGGCGGUGGUGGUGGUGGUGGUGGUGGUGGUGGUGGUGGUGGUGGAGGAGGAGGCUGGCAUGAUCGCCAUCACGACCAAGACCACCACUCACAUAGCCCCAGGAGAGGGCGGUCACGCUCCCGCACGCCCAAAAAGCGCUCAGGCAGCAGGAGCCGCUCCCGCUACUCUGACCGCUCGUCUUCGCGAGGAUCUCGACACUCUAGGCGCUCCAGCUACUCAUCACGGUCCCGGUCCUCAUCACCACGCCAUCGCAGCAGCAAGAGCAAGCCUGGCUCCAAGGAUGUUAAGAGCAAGUUAGAAAGUCAAACGGAGAAAUCCGGUCAGGCAGCAGACGGCAGCGCCAUCGAGAAGGCUUCUGGAGGUAAAUGGAUUGACUAUGAUGCCAGCCCUAAACGGAGCAGCCCAGAGACUAAGAAAGAGGACGGUACCACUGGUAAUGAGGGCAAAGGUCCCGCGAGUGGCGGCCCCAUGUGGAAAACCAUCGGCACUGCAUCCCCUCCAGCAAAGAGCCCCACAAAGUCCGGACAGACGGCCUCCUUCAGUGGUUUUGGGUUCUUCUCAAAGGAAGACAUGAAAUCUGGAGAUAAGACUGUGAUCUCUGCUGCCUUCAAAAAGUUCUUGGCUGAGAAUAAAAGCAAAAAGCUGGCUGCUGAAAAGGAGAACGGUCGCGAUAAAGAGCAGAGCACCGUAGACAGAGAACUAGAGAAAGGAAGCAAGUCUGGAGACCUUUUCACCAUCUCAUCCACUUCUUUCAGCGACUCCAAGGAAGACAAGACCAUGCCUUUCUUUGACGCUGGAGAAGAGGAGUUCCUCAAGUCUCAUGGGCUGAAAGAGAGGGACGCUGAGGAAGACGGGGAGGUAAAAACCACUCUCACAGCUCGGGACAUUUUCGGGAAAUGGGGGGAUGAUCCAGGCUAUCCAGCGUCCUACCUGGCAGUGAAAGAGAAAAGCCGGAGAGAAGCUGAAGAGGUAGAGCCUGUAGACAUAGAAGAAGAGUUGUACCGAAGCCGCAAGCACAGCUCCAAGAAAGAGGAGAAGUCCAAGAAGAAGGAGAAGAAAGAGAAGGAGAAGGCCAGGAGGAGUCCGUCCCCUCCCACAACUUCCAGAGAGAAGGAGCGACCGCUGUUCCCUGUAGCCUUCCCUCCUCGUGAUGAGUCACCUGUACGACACCUGUCUGCGUCAAGGGACGAUUUUGAACUCAAAAUCGGUUCUUUAGAUGAAAUACCCAGCUCUUCCCUGUCUAAAGAGCGCCUCAUGCCUCGAGAGCUGCGAAAUCCCACAAAGAAAGAUCAAGAGUUUCGCUCCAUUUUCCAGCACAUUCAGUCAGCGCAGCUCCGUCGCAGCCCCUCUGAGCUGUUUGCUCAGCACAUAGUCUCUAUCGUGCACUACAUCAAAGCUCAACACUUCCAAUCCUCAGACAUGACUUUAAGUGAGCGGUUUGCCAUGUACCAAAGAAAAGCUGCAGAGGUAGAAAUGAUGAAGCCAAGGAAGAGCCCAGAAAUCCACAGGAGAAUCGAUGUUUCCCCCAGUGCCUUUAAGAGGCAGUCUCACCUGUUUGAGGAUAUGGAGGAGACGAGCUACAAGGAUCCAAGUAAAAAGUUCAAAGGCGACGUGAUGGACCUUCGCCUGGAUAUUGAAAGACGUAAGAGGUUUGCUGGGAAGGAGUUCAAGCGUGAAGAAGUCAGGAGCCCAGGAGGCUCCCGAGGACCGAGCAGAGAGAGGUCCUCUGAGAAAUCUGGGAAACACCACAAGAAAUCCAAGAAGGGUAAGAAGAAGCGGGAUCGAUCUCCAUCCUCCUCUUCCUCCUCAUCCUCUCCAUCCCCUUAUCCUCCACCCUAUAGAGGUAAAGAGUACAUGGGAGGAGAGGGGAUGGAGCACCACUCUGAGGAGAGCUACGGUCACCCACGUUAUCCUCCACGGGACUACUCGGGGCCCGCAGACAGAGGGCCUCGAGAGUAUGAGGGCCACAACCCAGAGAGAGGCCGCGGCCGUGGAUUUUUCCCUAGGGUCAGAGGCAGAGGGUGGAACAGGGGAAAUUAUCCAGGCAACAACAGCAAUGGAAACCCUGCCAAUAUGAAUCCUGCAGUGCGCCCUCCAGAGGAGGAGUGGGACCCUGAAUACACUCCCAAGAGCAGGAAGUAUUACCUGCAUGAUGAUCGUGAUGGGGAGAAAACCUGGGUAGACAACCGUGGUAGAGGCCGCGGUUCCUUCCCUCCUCGCCGGGGACGCUUCGUCUACCGUAAAGGGGGCAGCAGCCCGAAGUGGACCCACGACAUGUUCCAGGGAGGAGGGGAGGGGGAGAUGGGCGACGACAACAUAGAAGUAGACCGUAAAGACACCAAGAGCGCCGGAGACAUCUCCGCCCAGAAGCAGUAGACACUAUCAUCAUCAUUAUUGUUGACAUGUUCAUAAACGUCUGUGUCAGAGCGGUUACAGCGGCGAUGAAAGGGUUCCUCUUUUUUCCCCUCAGCAUCAACUCAUUAUUUAAUGGUUAAUGUUCCGUGAGUUUCUCACAGUUGAAGUGAAGAAAGGACUGACUUGAAGAGCAGCACUCUGUUACAUUUGUAUGUGAGGUUAGCUUCAUUUCAGAGCGUGUUUUUUAUGUAACGGUGAGUUUUUGUUCCGCAGCUGGUCGAAUUAAUUGUAUCUUUUUAAGGGAGAAAAUACUGAGGCAACAAAGAUGAAUAUUCUCUGAAAACAUGACAAAAGAAGAAAUGCAUUUGUGCCUUAGAAAAUAAAUAUAAAUGAUAAUACAUGUGUAAUCUGUUUCAAGGUAAAGCCGCGGUUAUGAGAGGUACAGCUGUAUCAGUAGGAAGGCAUUAGAUGAUCACCACCAUAAUGUUUUUCUGUUUGUUUUUGGGACUGUGAUAAAUCUUUAAUGUUACUGCAUGAAACGUUUGAGUCAUACCUCGCUCCUCGGGACCAAUCAGUAGCGGGUUAAUGAUAGUCAAAUUAUGAAAAAAUCUUCUGAUGAACCCCUGAAUGAUUCUCACUUAUAUUAUCCAAGCUUUUUCGUAUAGUGCCACUUAACCUGUAUUUCUCAUUAGGAAGUGAGAGCAUUUUUAUGUGUGUGUAUGCUGCAGUAUAUUCUCAUAGAUUGUGGAUGUUUUCAUUCAAGAAAAAAAAAAUUAAAUUGGCACCAAAAGAUUUUGCUUUAGACAUAUAAACACAUAUCAGUUUAGGUAAGUGGCUACCUUAUGUUUAGAUUUUUAAUUAAAAAAAAGGCUAAUACAUAUAUAGAGUUAUAAAACCUAAAUUAUUGUAAUCUUAACAUCUGAGGGAAGGGAAAACAUAAAAAUAGAUUACGGUUCUGAUUUUUGUUUUAAUACAACGGUUGCAGUAAAUUCUCCAGCAAAAAAAAAA